UUACAGUGUGUUUUAGUUGGCGAUGGUGGAACAGGAAAAACCACAUUCGUAAAGAGACAUUUAACUGGUGAAUUUGAAAAGAAAUAUGUUGCUACUUUGGGUGUUGAAGUUCAUCCACUGGUAUUUCAUACAAAUCGUGGUGCGAUUAGAUUUAAUGUAUGGGAUACAGCCGGUCAGGAGAAGUUUGGCGGUCUCAGAGAUGGAUAUUAUAUCCAAGGGCAGUGUGCUGUUAUAAUGUUUGAUGUUACUUCAAGAGUAACUUACAAGAACGUUCCAAACUGGCAUAGAGAUUUGGUCCGAGUUUGUGAAAAUAUUCCAAUUGUUCUUUGUGGAAACAAAGUUGAUAUCAAGGACAGAAAAGUAAAGGCAAAAUCUAUUGUUUUUCACAGGAAGAAGAACUUGCAGGUAGUUAUAAAUUUUUAAUUUAAUAAUUAGUUA